UUAUGGUUCCCUCUGGGAUUCAGGUUUGGAGAUGAAUGCUUUUUAUCUGUUUUCACUGGCUUUGUGUCUGUCAAGAUACCCAAGAAACCCCAAGACCAUAAGUAAACCUGGAAUUUGGUCAUCAGAUUUACAGGGCCUAUUUCUGUACUAAAGAUCAUGCUCAAUGGAGAAUAUGAAGUGCUUUUAUUCUGGGAAAAUGCUUCAUCUGGGUCUGGGAAUGCAGCCCAUGGUGUAUUCUUGUGCUUGUGCACAAUCUAUGUAUUAGAGGGCAGACUUGGGGUGGAACAUAGUUAUUUCCUGACUGUGUGUGUGUGUGUGUGUGUGUGUGUUUGCUCUGUAGGUUUUACAUGGUAACCAUUCCUGCAGUGAUCCAGGCAGGUUUAGAAGCCAAGAUUUGCGCAAGGCUUCUGCAGCCAAACGAGACCCUGGUCAUGACCAUAUCUCGGAUCGCCAAAGGACGGAACAAAAUCCUUCUCCAGGAGAGUUCUGACCAAGAGUUUCACCUCUGCUUCCAAUUUCAGGUCAGCCCAACACUGGUGUCCACCAGUCAGAUCAACAAGUGAUGCCAUUCAGAUAAAAGUGUAUUUCUCAGGCUCAUAAUGAAUCUUUAGGUUUUUGUUAAACGUCAUCCUGUGGGUCAUAUCAAUAUGGUUCUGGAGUUUAGGCUGAAUUCUACCUGGUUUUGGUUGGAUGUUACGGUUGGUUCAUUAGCUCACCAGUGUGUUGCUCCAUCCCUUUGCCUGAUAGGCCCCUCAACUGCAGGAAGAAAGAGAGCAAAACUUUAAGGUGGAGGUUCGAUGUGAAACAUUUCUAUCGACAGAGGAGAGAAAGGUCAUGAUCAAACCCUACAGCCCCAUGACAGCACAAAUAGGUAAUUUUAGGCAGAGCAAAGGUCAUGUAGUCUCUAAUGUGACAAUGUUCAGCCUUACUUACAGACAUCUAUAGCUUGCUUGUUUUAUCCGCCUAAAAUGUUAAUUGAGUGCCUUUAAAAUAAAGUGUGUGCUUCCUUGUUUUUUCUACAGUGCAUUUUAGAGUCAUGUCCUUGGAUACCAAUUUUUGCACUGUCAAUCAGCUGGUGAGUGUUGAAAAUGUGCAACAUUUGAUAAUGAAACCAAAGUUGACAAUAUCUACCUAUUCGGACACCCUGUAGAUCAUUAUUUCAAAGCACUAUUUCAAACAAAAAAGACAGAUAUGGAAGAAUCACAAGUAGGCUACCACAACCUGAACAGUACUGUGCGAUAGAUUAUAAUUAGUCAUGCGUGAUAGAGAAAAGUACUUUGUAAAAAAUAAACGCUACAAUAACUUAGUAACUGUACUGAAAUCAACAGUACUGAUGCUAUCUAUUCUCUAUAUGUAGCCUGGGCUGUCUGUUCAACUCAAAGUUGAAGAUUGUAAUACUCAGGGCAAAAGUGCAUCCAUCAGCUGAGGUCCUCUAAGUUAACAUGUGUGGGCUGAUUUGAAGGCUUUCAAACAUUCACCAUGGGUCAUGGAAUUGAAUGGAACACACACACACACACAAACACACACGAUAUGUUGGGAGCAGCACAUCGUCAGCCACAGAGAAGCCCCCUUGGAGCAUGUAGUCUCCCAAGUCAGACUCUGUAGUCUCGCAUUUGUCAAGCCAGACACUGUAGAGCAGGGGUAUUCAACUCUUACCCUAAGAGGUCCGGAGCCUGCUGGUUUUCUGUUCUACCUGAUAAUGAAUUGCACUCACCUGGUGUCCCAGGUCUAAAUCAGUCCCUGAUUAGAGGGGAACAAUGAAAAAAUGCAGUGGAACUAUCUUCGAGGUCCAGAGUUGAGUUUGAGGGCUAUAGAGCAUGAGGCACCAUUCCCAAUUGGAGUGUGGCUUAUUCUUGAGACAUUGGUAUUUAGAGGCUAAGAUCAGAGGAAAGCCAAGGAAUUAAAGGGGGGAAUUACUUCUGUAGACCCCAAGUAUAUCGUCAAUGCUCUGAGGAGAAUCAGGCAAGCAGUGAGAGAGUCCCAGAUGAUGUGUGACUGAUUUACAUUUCAAGCCAGUCACCUUCCUUGAGUUUUAGGCCACACUAUGCUCUUCUAUUUAUACUCAUUUGAAAGUUAACAUUAUAAAACAUUAAUCAAUGUCAUGUAUUUUUGUCCUUCACAGUACAACAUUGUGGAGCUUGAGGUAAGAUCCCAACUAGUCCCUAACUUUAUAAUGACUAACGUUGUAAAUAAAGUGCAAUCAAAACAUGAUAAUACAUUUUCCUCCAUUAUCAUAAGAAAAUAGCCCGGUGUGCCAUCUUUCAGUUCCACACACACACACACACACACACACACACACACACACAAUAUCAUGUAUUAAUACACUACAUUACCAGAAGUAUGUGGACACCUGCUCAUCGAACAUCUCAUUCCAAAAUCAAGGGCAUUAAUAUGGAGUUGGUCCCCCCUUUGCUGCUAAAACAGCAUUCAUCGACGGGACGGACCAAGGCGCAGCGUGAUAUGCGUACAUGUUUAUUAAAUAUUAAACACAACGACAAAAUAACAACCGAAACGUGACGUCCAAGGCAACACAACAUACCUUAACACGGAACAAGAUCCCACAACCCACUAGUGCCAAUAGGCUGCCUAAGUAUGGUCCCCAAUCAGAGACAACGAGCUACAGCUGCCUCUGAUUGGGAACCACACCGGCCAACAUAGAUCUACACAUAAUAGAAACCCAACAUAGAAAUACACAACAUAGAACAUACACACCCUGACUCAACAUAUACGAGUCCCCAGAGUCAGGGCGUGACACCUCCACUCUUCUGGGAAGGCUUUCCACUAGAUGUUGGAACAUUGCUGUGGGGAUUUGCUUCCAUUCAGCCACAAGAGCAUUAGUGAGGUCGGGCACUGAUGUUGGGCGAUUAGACCUGGCUCACAGUCGACGUUCAAAUUCAUCCCAAAGGUGUUCGAUGGGGUUGAGGUCAGGGCUCUGUGCAGGCCAGUCAAGUUCGUCCACACCGAUCUCCACAAACCAUUUCUGUAUGGACCUCGCUUUGUGCACGGGGGCAUUGUCAUGCUGAAACAGGAAAGGGCCUUCCUCAAACUCUUGCGACAAAGUUGGAAGCACUGAAUCGUCUAGAAUGUAAUUGUAUGCUGUAGCGUUAAGAUUUCCUUUCACUGGAACUAAGGGGCCUAACCCGAACCAUGAAAAACAGCCCCAGACCAUUAUUCCACCUCCACCAAAUCUAACAGUUGGCACUAUGCAUUGAAGCAGGUAGCGUUCUCCUGGCGUGCGCCAGACCCAGAUUUGUCAGUCGGACUGCCAGAUGGUGAAGCAUGAUUCAUCACUCCAGAGAACACUUAGGCUUGUGUGCGGCUGCUCGGCCAUGGAAACCAUUUUCAUGAAGCUCCCUACGAACAACUUUUGUGCUGACGUUGCUUCCAGAGGCAGUUUGGAACUCGGUAAUGAGUGUUUCAACCGAGGACAGACAAUAUUUACGCGCUAUGUGAUUCAGCACUCGGCGGUAACGUUUUGUGAGCUUGUGUGGCCUACCACUUCGGGGCUGAGCCGUUAUUGCUCUUAGACCUUUCCACUUCACAAAAACAGCACUUAUAGUUGACCAGGGCAGCUCUAGCAGGGCAGAAAUUUGACAAACUGACUUGUUGGAAAGGUGGCAUCCUAUGACGGUGCCACAUUAAAAGUCACAGAUCUCUUCAGUAAGGCCAUUCUACUGGCAAUGUUUGUCUUUGGAGAUUGCAUGGCUGUGUGCUCGAUUGUAUACACCUGUCAGCAACGGGUGUGGCUGAAAUAGCCGAAUCCACUAAUUUGAAUGGGUGUCCACAUAUUUCUGUAAAUACAGUAUAGUGUAUUUCCCAUCAUAGCGAAAAGUUAAAAAACGUCCAAUCAGCUUUGCUUUAUUUCUUCCAUUCCUUCACAAAAAGGAUGUAAAUCGCAACAGGAUUGGACAGUGGGUCAACACCACAUCCAGUGGCAAAAUAUUACAGUUUUCUCACCCCCUGAACUCUAAAUCACCUAAGGGAACCUAUUAUGUUAUUGUGUGGAUUGGUGAAAAUAAAAUACUCCAUAGCUUCAAGGUAGAACAGUAUGGUAGGUUGAUUUACUUUCUUUUACCUUUCAUGUAAAGCAUUAUGUUAAUGGUUCUGCCAGUUGAAUGAAUGCAUCAGUAUCUUGGAACAUCUAAUGUGAUGACCACUGUCUUUUUAUCUUUAGUUUUGCCAAAGUUUGAGAUCAAAUUGAACCUCAGCGAUGAGAUCAGCGUUGGACAAGAGGAGUACAAAGUGGACGUGUGUGCAAAGUGAGUCUUCUAUGUUUGAGUCCCUGAGACUUAAACGUUGGGGUUAGGGUUAGUACAUCUGACAAUUGAAAAUGGUUUGAUGUUUGAUGUCAAUGUGUAUUAAGAGUUACACAUUUAAAAUUUAAAAUCUGAUACACGUAUGGGCAGCCUGUACCUGGUAAAGCAGAGGUAGAGUUGUGCCGACACUUAGUGGACAAUAUAUUGAUAACACUUGACAUUGAUGAAGGCAAUCCACAAGGAGUUCCUGUUUAUACACCUCCCUGAGGUCUGAAUGCCUUCCUAACAUAGUUUUCACCAGGAUUGUUUGUGACAACAACUUUCUAAAUUUUGUGAUAGGGUUGAAUUAAGUACAUUUAAAUCACUCUGUCAAGUCUCCCCAAUUAUAAUGUUAGUAGCUUUGUUUGCUUUUUCUAGAUGGCCCAAACUGGCUGUGCCUCUCACGUCUUCAACAUGUCAACUUUCAAGGAUGAUAGAAAGAAAAUCGUCAGAGACGAUCUUAUAUUUAAUGCAAAAAUAGAGGAGGGCGGCACUGUGAAGAUAAGAUUCCUGAUUAAUUUUAAAUGAAACACGUUUAAUUGUAUCAAAAUGAUUAGGCCUGCCUUGUUUGUCCUUUGGUGCUACAUUACAAUGUAUUUCCGUUGACAGAUAUACAUUUACAUUUUAGUCAUUUAGCAGACGCUCUUAUCCAGAGCGACUUACAGUUAGUGAGUGCAUACAUUAUUUUUUAUUUUUCAUACUGGCCCCCCGUGGGAAUUGAACCCACAACCCUGGCGUUGCAAACACCAUGCUCUACCAACUGAGCUACAUCCCUAUAACACACUCUCAAGAAAAGCACUUUCCUGUGUCAUUGGAAAGCUCUCAUUUUUCGACACACCCAAAAUGUAUGAGCAUGGAUCAAUUGUAGAGAGCAAGGUAUGUCCAAAUACAGCAUUUUGUAGACUUGUGUACACAAGUGUCAUUUUUGUAUUGUGGAUGCCAUUUGUUCUUUGAGAUUUCUGCUUCACUCAAUGUGGCUGGUAAAAAUGAAAUACAUUACCAUUCAUAACCCCCCCCCCCCCCCCCCCCCCCCCACACACACACACAUACCUUUCCUCUGAUUAAAGUUGUUCACUUCAAUGACACCCCUAUUUCCAACAAGUCAGUCUAUCUGUUUGAGGGCCAAAGGGGGUCAGCACAUCAUCUACAGAACCUAACCACGGACAGUCAUGGUAUUGUCAGUUUCUCACUAAACACAACUGGAAUGCCCAAAGAUGAUAUUGCUCUCACAGUAAGUGUGAUUCCUCCUACUUUUUAAAUGAAUAGUUCACCCAAAUUACGAAAUGUGUUUACUUUACCUUGUAUGCAAUCCAUGGACAAGGACAGGGUGCAAAACAUGUUUUGGUUUUGUAUUCCUAGCAAUUGUCACCAACUGCAAACUUCAGCAUUCUCCAACCAAAACUAUUGAAAGUCAAUGUACCCGAUAUAAUCAUGUUUCAAAUGUCAUGCCCAAAUCAUCUGAAACUAACUUCAAACUAAGUUAUUGAGCUCAGCUACACAAUCCUUUGUUUUUGACUGCUGUAAACAUUGGAGAAAAAAUAAUAUUGCUUCCUUUUCUUGCUUCCCAGAUAAGCCACACACUAGAAUUAGGGGAACACAGACUUUCACUGAUCCAGCCCACUGCCCCUCACAGUAAAACAUCCAGCUCACUGGCUAUUCAGAAGAUGGAGAAACCACUGGCAUGUGGGGAGGAAGGGUCAAUCACUAUACACUACACCAUCGUAGGAGAGACCGUCCCAAGGGGCUCUGUUGAUUUCAUCUACCUGGUGAGUAGAACAAGGGCCCUGUUCGAAUACUUCAGAAAAGUCUCCUUCCAUCCUUGUUUCUUUGAGCAUAGAUCUACACUGAGUGUACAAAACAUUAGGAACACCUGCUCUUUCCAUGACAUAGACUGAUCAGGUGAAUCCAGACGAAAGCAAUGAUCCUUUAUUGAUGUCACUUGUUAAAUCCACUUCAAAUCAGUGUAGAUGAAGGCAGGUUAAAUAAGGAUUUUUAAGCCUCAAAACAAUUGAGACAUGGAUUGUGAUUGUGUAUAUUUCAGAGGGUAAAUGGGCAAGACAAAAUAUUUAAGUGCCUUUGAACAGGGUAUGGUAGUUGGUGCCAGGUGUACCGGUUUGAGUGUGUCAAGAACUGCAACGCUGCUGGGUUUUUCAAACUCAACAGUUUCCUGUGUGUAUCAAGCAUGGUCCACCACCAAAAGGACAUCCAGCCAACUUGACACAACUGUGAGAAGCAUUGGAGUCAAUGCGGGCCAGCAUCCCUGUAGAAUGCUUUCGACACCUUGUAGAAUCCAUGCCCUGACGAAUUGAGGCUGUUCUGAGGGCAAAAGGGGAUGCAACUCAAUAGUAGGAAGGUGUUCCUAAUGUUUUGUACACUCAGUGUAUAAGAGAUUGGAUAUGGUUAACUUACCAUAUUACUUACCUAUUUCAACCAACUAUAGGGCCAAGGAACAAGCUGUGACAACCUGCAAAUCCACACUCACCUUUAUAGGAAGGAUGCCCCACAGUACCAAUACUCAUCACUUCCUUCUGAUUUGAUUGGAUACAUGUUUUCCCUUUCUCUCCUCCAGGCCUUAUCCAGAGGUGUGAUAGUUCAGCAUGGAUACAUGAAGGUUGCCAUGCAGGAGAGUUCUGGUGAGUGAUUGAGUGAGUGAGUAAGAUUUCCCCCCAAAUAGUGAUUGUGAACACACUGGAAGGUGCUUGAUGAUAGUGACAUGCACUUGCAUUGCAGUCACUGAGGGUGAAGUCACAGUGAAGUUGGCAGUGGUUCCAGAGAUGGCGCCGCUGGUGCAGGUCCUGGUGUACAGUAUGCUACCCAGCGAGACUGUCAUCGCCCACAUCAUGGACUUCCCCACUGAGAAAUGCUUCAGACACAACGUGUGUGUUACCAAUUAAUAUAAGGUAAAUGUAUGUAAAAAUGUACAUAGAUAUAAUGUAUUCAGUCAGGCUGUUACAUGCUUUCAACAACUCAUCCAGUAUGUGUGUGUGUCAUGUGUGCCAUGUGUUGGUGGAGUUCUCUCCCUCCAAAGCAGUGCCAGGGGAGGAGAAAACCCUGCAGCUCUCAGCCCAGCCCGGCUCCCUCUGUGGCCUCAGUGAUGUGGACCAGAGUGUUCGCAUCAUGGAGCCGGGAAAGGGGCUUGAUUCUGGCAAGGUAUGGAUCUCUGGAAAUAUAAAUAUAUAUACAUUUUAACUAAUUAUAGGGAGCUCAAGGAAAUAAUAUUAUAAAAAUAUAAAGGUUAACAAUACAUAUGAUAUCAUAUAUACUGAACAAAAAUAUAAACGUAACAUGUAAAGUGUUGGUCACGUUUCAUGAGCUGAAAUAAGAGAUCCCAGAAAUGUCUCAUAUACACAAAAAGGUUAUUUCUUUCAAAUUUUGUGAACAAAUUUGUUUACAUCCCUGUUAGUGAGCAUUUCUCCUUUGCCAAGAUAAUCCAUCCACCUGACAGGUGUGGCAUAUCAAGAAGCUGAUUCAAGAGUAUGAUCAUUACACAGGUGAACCUUGUGCUGGGGACAAUAAAAGGCCACUCUAAAAUGAGCAGUUUUGUCACACAACCCAAUGCCACAAAUGUCUCAAGUUUUGAGGGAGUGUGCAAUUGACAUGCUGACUGCAGGAAUGUCCACCAGAGCUGUUGCCAGAAAAUUGAAUGUUCAUUUCUUUACCAUAAGCCGCCCCCAACGUCAUUUUAGAGAAUUUGGCAGUACGUCCAUCUGGCCUCACAACCGCAGACCCCGUGUUACCAAACCAGCCCAGGACCUCCACAUCUGGCUUCUUCAUCUGCGGGUUCGCCUGAGACCAGCCACCCAUACAGUUGAUGAAACUGUGGGUUUGCACAACCGAAGAAUUUCUGCACAAACUGUCAGAAACCGUCUCAGCGAAGGUAAUCUGCAUGCUAGUAGUCCUCACCAGGGUCUUGACCUGUCUGCAAUUUGGCGUCGUAACCAACUUCAGUGGGCAAAUGCUCACCUUCGAUGGCCACUGGCACACUGGAGAAGUGUGCUCUUCACGGAUGAAUUCUGGUUUCAACUGUACUGGGCAGAUGGAACACAGCGUGUAUGGCAUUGUGUGGGUGAUCGGUUUGCUGAUGUCAGCGUUGUGAACAGAGUGCACAUGGUGGCGGUGAGGUUAUGGUAUGGGCAGGCAUAAACUACGGACAAUGAACACAACAACAUUUUAUCUAUGGCAAUUUGAAUGCACAGAGAUACCGUGACGAGAUCCUGAGGCCCAAGUUGUGCCAUUCAUCCGCCGCCAUCAUCUCAUGUUUCAGCAUGAUAAUGCAUUGCCCCAUGUCGCAAGGAUCUGUACACAAUUCCUGGAAGCUGAAAAUGUCCCAGUUCUUCAACUGACCAGACAUGUCACCCAUUGAGCAUGUUUGGGAUGCUCUGGACCGAUGUUUACGAACAUGUGUUCCAGUUCCCGCCAAUAUCCAGCAACUUUGCACUGCUAUUGAAGAGGAGUGGGACAACAUUCCACAGGCCACUAUGAACAGCCUGAUCAACUCUAUGCAAAGGAGAUAUGUUGCACUGCAUGAGUCAAUUGGUGGUCACACCAGAUGACCUUUUUUUUAAGGUGUCUGUGACCAACAGAUGCAUAUGUGUUCCCAGUCAUGUGAAAUCCAUAGAUUAGGGCCUAAUGAAUUUAUUUCAGUUGACUGAUUUCCUUAUAUGAACUGUAACUCAGUAAAAUCUUUGAAAUUGUUGUGUGUUGCGUUUUGUAUUUUUGUUCAGUAUAUUUCCCUUGUUGAACGCACCUCAGGUGUGUUGGGCUGAAGCAACCCCUGCUCUAGCUAGGCUAGGAUAUCAUUCUUGUGUUUUCCAUGUUAUCUUACAAGUGUUCCUCUCGGGCAGGUUUCUGUGACUCCGGUUCACUCCUUAGACUACACACUCACACCCCUCUCUGAUAUCCAGUACUCAUCAUCAUGCUUGUUUGCCAACGGACGAAAGACGUUCAGUUGGACAAUGGCACCCUCUGUCUUAGGUAAAUUGCCAGCCUCCAUUCAACCCUUCUUACAAGCUAAAGAAAGCCAAAACAUUAUUUUCAGGGCCCUUUAUUUUAGUUUUAGAUGUCCAUACUAACUAUAGACAAACUCCGGGCAGACCAGGGUUUCCCAAAAGCCUCGUAGCACUAAGAUCAUCUUUCAUCCAUUUAGUUUCAAUGAUCUUAAUGCUACGAUGCUUUUGGGAAACCCAGCCCUGUGCUGUACCUCUGUCUGUGAAUGUGUUUUAAGGGUUUUGAACGUGUCUGUUAGUGCAGAGGCUGUCCAGUCACAUGUUGAGUGUGACAAUGAGAUUGUGAUCGUACCGGAGAGAGGACGCAUCGCCACAGUCACACGGACCCUGCUGGUGAAGGUAUGUACUGCUGUAGAGAAAAAUGUGAACCUCUUUGGAUUACUCUGUCACAUUUACCAUUAAGUUACACAAUUAUUAUCUAUCUAGUGUUACAGUAGUGUAACUGCUUCUGAUGAAAAACAAUUAUUCUCUUUAUCCCUCUCUCUCUCCUUCUCUAUCGGUUUCUGUCGCUCUCUCUCAGGCUGAGGGAAAUGAGCAGACUGAAACCUACAACUGGUUGCUGUGUCCAACU